UCCCGAGACGAGCCUAUGAUCGGCGAACCCAUCGUGGACUGGCGAAAUCGGUCCCAGCGUCGCCGCCUGGCACGGUCUGUGGUGGGAACGUCGCAGUAUAUGUCUCCAGAAGUCAUUCGUGGAGAGAUGUAUGAUGGUCGUUGUGACUAGUGGAGCCUCGCUAUCAUUGUGUACGAAUGUCUUUACGGUUACACACCAUUCGCCUGUGAAGAUCGUCACCAGACCAAGAUCAAGAUCUUGCAACACAGAAAGACCUUGGUAUUUCCGCAGACCGAAGGGACAAAAGAGCCCAGCAUCGAGGCGUUGGAUCUUAUGAUGCAGCUUCUCGUCGAGAAGGAGCGGCGCCUGUGCAGUAGGCAGUACGAAAUGAACGACUUUUCGAGGAAGAUUGUGGGAGGCAGGUUGGUCAGAUGUGCUGCCGACAAACACAAACAGAACUACCAGGGUUAUUUUGUGUACCCUGGUAAUGCCGAGGACAUAAAGCGACAUCCCUUCUUUAAGAACAUCGAAUGGGACACGAUUCACCAGCGUCGUCCACCUUAUCUGCCGCGAGUGAAAGACUGGGUAGAUACCAAAUACUUCGACGAAGAAGAACCCAUCUCCGAUAUCGACACCGCCACUACUGUAGAUGAGGCGAAUCUUGCUUUUGACCCAGCAAUGGGUGAGCAGACUACGUGUCUGAACGAAAUGCAGCCUCUCCUUUCCUCGCCUCGAGUCAGCCAGCAUCAUCACGAAGACCAACGUAUUGUGCCAUCUCUGGCAAUCAACGUUUCGCGCAAAGAUUCAGCUCCACGUGGUCUCACCACUCCAAGCCCCGACUUCAUGACUGACAUGAGAAAUCCAUUGUUGCAACCUAAAAAGCAAGGCUACUCUGGUGCAAAUGGCCGCAUGACCCCCGAGGAUGUCCGUACAAACAAUGGCGGCCAGGUAGAUGGACCGAAGGAGGAUACAUACGUGGAAAAUGUCAAGCCGAAAACCAAAAAGAAGGAAAAGAAGCGGCCAAGGGACAUCAUACUGCGUGAUGCAAGUGCUGGUCAUCAAGCUCUGGAGAUUCGCAAACAGACUGCGUUUCUUGGCUACGAUUAUAGGCAGCCCGUGAUGGUGAAGGACAUUAUCGACCAGGUCCUAGCCGAAGACGUUGCGGAUAUGAGACUUAUGGACGAUCGGUCUGCAGUGGAAAGUGAAGACCGUGACCUGAACUUUGAGAGGCAGGUAUUCAUCGACGCGGGCGGCCAGUAUUUCCACAAGCCUGCAACAAACCUGUGAACAGCCUCUCCAAAGGGCAUACGUGGAUGGCUAGUAGUGUGAUCGGUGCUUGUUUGGGCUAUCGUCAGAGAAGGCACUGCAUGUUGUUUUAUUCUUAUUCAUGAAUGCAUAAUUUUCCCACUUUCAAGAUUGUACAGAGUGCAUGCUUCUGCAACGUCACACAUCCUUCAUGAGGGCUGGCUGAGAAGCGCAUCCAGUGAAUAC